GUCACCAACAUUUGACGUCACUGGAGGACGGGAAGCGAUAAGGAACUGCCGCAUUAAACUGAAAGCGACGCUGUUUUCGGCUCAACUCGGACUUUUUGUUUGAUUUGUAUUUUUUCCAAGUAUGUAUUAAAUAUUUUCCGGGUUGUGGUGUAGCGUCCGGAUAUGAUAAUGGACACUUUGACUGGGAAGAAGAGUCACAUCAUAAUAGUCAACUACGAAGGAGAAUAUCUGUGUUGGACCGCUAGCUAGCCAAUGUUAGCAUCUCGGAUGGGAGACAUCGGGGGACGCUAACCCUGUCAGCCUCUUGCAAUGACUCAAAACCCGGGUCUUUUUCUUUUGAAAGCCCCUGUGAAAAUAUAGCUCGUGCCUUUUAAUACCUCCGAACCGUGGUGGUUCUGCUGACAGGAUGAGGAACUGUGAUUAUCAGCAGAUCGACCCUCUGGCUCUGUCGGUAUCGCCCGCUUCGGCACAGAACCACACCGACAAGAAAGCGGAACGUCUGCGAAGAAAAUGGGAAGUGUUCCCUGGAAAGAACCGAUUUUUCUGCGACGGGCGGAUCAUCUUAGCCAGACAGAGCGGCGUUCUCCCUCUGACCCUGGCUCUUAUCGUUAUCACAUGUGGCCUUUUCUUUGCUUUCGAUUGCCCAUUUCUGGUGGAGCAUCUAACCGUCUUCAUACCAGUGAUUGGAGGGGUGCUUUUUGUUUUUGUGGUCCUCUCUUUGCUGAGAACCAGCUUCACAGACCCAGGUAUCCUACCCAGGGCCACCCCAGAAGAAGCUGCAGACAUUGAGAAGCAGAUUGAUACCUCAGGAUCCUCCACGUAUCGCCCUCCUCCACGAACUAAGGAGAUCCUCAUCAACCAGCAAGUGGUCAAGCUCAAGUACUGCUUUACUUGCAAAAUGUUCCGCCCUCCUCGGACCUCACACUGCAGCCUUUGUGACAACUGUGUGGAGAGGUUCGACCAUCACUGCCCAUGGGUGGGCAACUGCGUAGGCAAGCGCAAUUACCGCUUUUUCUACAGUUUCAUCAUCUCUCUCUCGUUCCUGACGUCCUUCAUAUUUGGCUGUGUCAUUGCACAUAUUACCCUGCGUUCUCAAUCGGGUCAAAGCCUCAUCCAAUUCAUCCAGGAAAGCCCUGCCAGUGUGGUGGAGCUGGUCAUUUGUUUCUUCUCCAUCUGGUCUAUUCUGGGACUCUCAGGCUUCCAUACCUACCUUGUAGCCUCCAAUCUCACUACAAACGAGGAUAUUAAGGGCUCGUGGUCAAGUAAAAGAGGUGCAGAGGAGUCCGGGAACCCGUACACCUACAACAGCAUUCUUGCCAACUGCUGCGUGACCUUAUGUGGACCCAUGCCUCCAAGUCUGAUUGACAGGAGAGGCUUCCUGCCACCUGAGGAAUCCGUCCCGGCUGCUUCUGCCUCCGAGAUCGAGCUGCCUUCCUUUGCAGCCAAGAAUGAUGCACACAUGUGCACACAGAGCACCAAGGAUGUACUCGAGAGGAUGCUCCACUCCUCUGAUUUUCACGGCCUCUGCCUUCCCGGCACCCCCAAAACUACCCCACUGGGUCUGGAGGUUUCCAACUCUGCAGCAGCCGCCCCUGAGUCGUCACUCACGUUGGGUUGCUCACGAAAGCCCCCGGUUGAACCUUGCUCUCUGUUGACCGGGAGCGCUGUGAGCGAGUCGAUGCACUCGAUCAACCCGGCGUUCCGUUUAGCGUCACCUUCGCCCUCACUCGGUCGCGCACCGUUGAUUGUCGGCGGGACGCCUGACGUCGGGUUUAUCCCACUACCGUGAGGGUACCCGUUUUACUUUAGAGGACAAAUAGGAGCUCCUUCUGGGUUUGGUACUUCUCUAUAGAGUUUAGUAAAAGCACAAUAUUCAUUUACAUCUUUUUUUACAGAACCACAAGCCAUAGAGUCAGGUCAGCUGCCGUCUUUCAUUUCCUGCUCACAUUUUAUGCAAACAGGUCCUCAAAUCUGUGAACAAAUCAGCUGGACAGCCAUCAUUGACUUGGAGUGAAGUGGCAGGUCCCAUCAGUGGUUCCCAACCUUUUCAAUAUCUGUGUACGAGCCUUUAGCUCUACUUAACACAGUGGUUGGGAACCACUGUUUUUAGUUGGAUGACUAGACGUAUAGCAUUGAAGGUCAAAGUGCAGCUAGUUUUGGUGGAGUUGUGAAAUCUGUAAAUAUUUGUGUGUUUUUGUCAUCUGUACUGCAUGUUAUGCAUCAUGGCACCAUUGUCCAAAACAAGUGUAUUUACUUGAUAGCUUAGCUGACUGCGUCCUUGUAGGAUACGAUAGUAGGAGGAGGUUCAAACCAGGUCAGAGUGAGCCAUAUGUGGAUUUGUUCCAUCGUAGAGUCCCCCGUUUGUCAUAUUUCCUUUAUGUGACCUGACAAAAAUGUGUUCACACUUUAUAACUUCCAACUUUAUUCAAGGCUUCAGCAUGGCUCACAGCUAACACAGUAUUAUUACCGUAUGUCGCCAACAAUAUCAAUAGCGAAGAUAAAAAUCAUCUAUCAUACAUUCCAAAAAAUAUUUACAAAAAUGCACAUUUAAUUAUCUUUUCACCUUAUCGUUGUAUGUCUUUUCGUGAAGGAAAUAAUCUAGGAAGCAUGUCAAGGGAACAUUUCAAAGUCUGUUUUAUCAUCACGUGUGAUAAUCGAUAAAUUGGUGAAAAAAAACAUCUACGAUACAUUGCGAUAGUUGUGUAAAUUAUGACCUGACCACUUUAUUCCUUUAUGUCUUUAAUGCAUGUUGUGUUGAAAGGCUGGCAAGGUGGUUUGGAGAUAAACAUAAUAUAAAAAGGUGAACAACAGUGGAACCUUGGUUAGCAUCGUUCAUUUGUUCUGGAAAUUAAUGACCAAAAUGGACGUUAACCGAAUCAAUUUUAAGAAAUAAUGUAAAUCCAAUGAAUCUGUUCCAAAAUGGCAACAAUGUUAACACAAAACAUGUUUUUAUAGUUUUACAAUAACGUUUAGAUGCACAAAAUAAUUUACGAUGCACAGUAGGUAGGUAGGUAAAUACUACCUAUGGGGAAAUUUGCAUGUUCCAGCAUACUUCAUAGAAGUAGAAUAUAUAUAUAUCUAUAAAAAAGCACAGUAAACAGACUUUAAGGUGCAGUAAGUACUUAAAUACGCAACAGAAUUGAAAAACAAUGCAUAUAAAUACUACAAUUGAAUAUUUGAAAAAAAAAUUGAGAAUAAACUCGUAAAUCUUCAAGAAAAAAAGUCAUACAUUUAUGAGAAAAAAGGAAUACAUUUCCGAUUUAUUCUCAAAUUCUUAGAUAAUUUUUUUCAAUGUGGUCCUAUUUCAUAUCUACCUAUGGAGAAAUUUGCAUGUUCCAGCAUACUUCAUAGAAGUAGAAUAUAUAUAUAUCUAUAAAAAAGCACAGUAAACAGACUUUAAGGUGCAGUAAGUACUUAAAUACACAACAGAAUUGAAAAAAAUGCAUAUAAAUACAAUGGAAUAUUUGAAAAAAAUUAAGAAUAAACUCGUAAAUCUUUAAGAAAAAAAGUCAUACAUUUAUGAGAAAAAGGGAAUACAUUUACGAUUUAUUCUGAAAAUUUAGAUAAUUUUUUUCAAUGUUGUCCUAUUUCAAAUAGUUUUCUGCACGUAAAUCUAUAAAAAAUGUUUUGUGUUAACAUUUUUCGAAUUAAGUUUGUAACAUUAUGACUUUCUGCUUUUAUUUAUAACGUGGCAGCAAAACAGUUGCGCGCAACUAGAUUAGCAUGUCAGGUCCUUCUCACUUCCACAUGCCCAAGGCCGAAGGUCACAUAAGUCCCCCCUUUUUGUUUCAGGCUAUGACAUAAUUUUUUUUUUAUGACAUCAAAGUUUUUUUCUCGUAAAUGUGCAAUUUAUUGUCAUAGUUUAUAGAUGUUUUAAAUUCAUCCACAUUUUUUUCCCUGUUUAUUUUUUCAAUAUGACCCUAAUAAUCCGUCAUAGUAUCCACUUUAUUAUCCACUUUAUUCAUAUUUUUUUGCCAUUUAGAAUAGUUUUAUGAAUGUGGAACUAUAAUUAUAAAAGUAUAAAACGUGAGAGUCACCUUCUGAUGACAUCAUAUACAAAAGAUUUUAUUCAGCUACGACAAAAGGAAGGACCUAGUUGUACUCAUGCAGAGUAUUAAUAACUCCAGAGUGUAACCACUAACCGAGGUUCCAUUGCAUCUCAUGUGACAUCAAACUUUGAUGAUAUCGCUAUUUGAUGUAGUUGAGCUAUCACCAUAAUAUAUCACAUAUCAUAUUUAUCGCACUGUACUCUAAUAAUAGUAGGAUGUGGAUUAGAAUGUUUGCCAUGCUGUUGCAUUACAUUUUUAUUUAUGUAAAAGUCCUAAUUCAAACUCGUGUCAGGGCUGGAGGGCCUCGGAAAGUGACGUUUAUUGCCGAGUCGCUUUCCUUUUGGGGCGGAAGGUUUUCACAGCCCCUGUUUUCUUUGCCUCAGGGCGCCAUGACAGCUUGAAGGUAAAAUAGUUUCACAGUUAUGUUGUAGGAAUGUGCGGCAUCAUCACCUGUCAUUCUAUAUUGUCUUUUUCCUGUUUUGCUGGUUGAAAAGUGACCCGGUGAGCCCUUAAUUAUUUGCCACUAGGGGGCAGGCUGGGAAUUUGCAGUGUAGUUUAGAAGGCAGCUCUUCAGUUGCACAAGUAGAUCCAAAAGGCCUUUUUGGUGUUGUGUUCUUUUGUAAGUGGGCAUUAAUGCGGCACGUAGAUUUUGACUCUGCGUUGUGUAGACAAAUACGAGCGGCGCUUGUAUGAACAAAACAUGUUUGUAUUCGUAGGAUGUCACAGUGGAGCUGUAACAUUUUUUUUUUCAAUAAACGGAUCACUUUGCUGACCUUUAUUGCUCAUUUUGUAC